AAGUAGGAGGGUUUUAUGGAACAGAAAAACGACAACGCGAGAAAAAUUAGUAUUUUGCACUUCAGAAAUUAAUGACCAUGAGUUCGUUUUUGAUAAACUCCAACUACGUUGAGCCAAAAUUUCCACCUUGUGAGGAAUAUUCUCAAAAUAACUACAUACCAAGCCAAUCUCCUGAAUACUACGAGCGGCCGCGGGACCCUGGAUUCCAUCAUGAGGCACUAUACCCACAAUCAAACUACCCAGAGCCGACCUACAGCUUCAACAAUGUCCAAGGCACUGGCAACCAAGACAUGUCGCAAAGGGGUCAUGUGCAGUCGCAGGCUAGCCUCCAAAAUCACAUACCGAGACAGAAUCAGCUUUGUGAAGUGGUCCCAGUAGCCACACCAGCUUUGUGUAGCCAGAAUGCGAAAAAUCCCACUGCCCAGAAAGGUACUCUCAGCAAAGAGCCCAUAGUUUACCCGUGGAUGAAGAAAAUUCACGUUACUACCGUGAACCCAAAUUACACUGGAGGAGAGCCCAAACGGUCUCGAACUGCUUACACGAGACAACAAGUCUUAGAGCUGGAGAAGGAGUUCCAUUUUAACCGUUACCUAACCAGGCGUCGACGCAUUGAGAUUGCACACACUCUUUGCCUGUCUGAACGCCAGGUGAAGAUCUGGUUUCAGAACAGAAGGAUGAAAUGGAAGAAAGACCAUAAACUGCCUAACACUAAGAUGCGUUCUGCUAGCUCAUCAUCUUCUACAAGCCAGCAAACACAAGUAUCCUCCCAGGGCCCACAGCCAGAUGGUUCAGCACCAAAUUCAUCAAGUCUAUAGCUGCUUCGACUCUCCAACCCCUCUCCCACAACAUAGUUUGGACCAAAAUGUGUCUGCCACAUAACUGACUUGAAUGUGGAGGGAUUUCUUGCAGUGAGUUUUUUUUCCAGGGUAGAUGCUGUUAACCCCAAAAGGGACACGGCAUUUAUGUUGUGUUAACCCAUUCUCUGCAGACUUUCAAAGUGUUUUCUGUUUUUGAUUGGGUACGUUCUGUAUCCUUCAUUACCUCCACAUGAACCGAUGCUAGGUCCUGUCAAAGUGGCUUCUUCCAUGUUAUUCAAAGCAAAAAGAAUAAAAGGACACUGAAUAAUAGAUAUUGUGAGGAACUGUAAGCGUCAUAAUCACAACUAGUGUAGUCUGUUGGAAUAUUUGUGAGAAUUUAAGAAUAAAUCUGUUUUAGAAAAUGAGAAAGGCAGCAAUAUGUAUGGAUGUGGAAAUGGUUUUAGAGCAAAUAAACUGUCCAGAUGCUACAUAUAUAGGAAAUAAAUUAUGUCGCCAGCGUUAUUUAAGGUGUUUUUAUUUUAAACCUCUAUCCUCUAUAUAGUCGUGUUACUGAUAUCAGUAUAACGAAUGUGCAAGGAUCUUAUCCAGAGAUUUCAAACGAGUGGUUGUAUAUUUAACAAUUUUGGUACAGUCCAAACUGUGACGAAACCGUACAAAUCAUUGGUAAGAUUUGUGUAUUUUUCUGUGGAUAUUUCAGUGUGCUAUGUGCAGUGCCAAAUGUUGCUAAAACGAAAUACAUAAAUUACAGUGUAAAAAUGAAGCCUCGGGCUUUAAAUAAAAUGUUAAUUCGU